GUCCGACCAGCCACAGUAACAGCUGUCGCUCUCACCUGCACUGGAUAAAGCUUCAAAUCCUUCCUGGAUCAGCAGCAGCGAGGCGAAGCUUCUGAGCACCGCUGGAUCAACAUCUGGACGCUCAGCUGAGAAUGAGUUUGAAAGCUGCUGGGAUCCAAGCUGUCUAUGAAGCCCUUACCGUGCCACAUGAGGAAGAGGAGGAGGAGGAGGAUAAUGGGAAAACGACUGAUGAUGAGGAGCCCAGAGCGUGCGGUGUUUGUGGUGAUCGUGCAAAGGGUUACCACUUUAACGCUCUGACAUGUGAGGGCUGCAAAGGCUUCUUCAGACGUGCCAUAAAGAGGUCAACACAGCUUCGAUGUCCAUUCCUGAAUAAAUGCACCAUAACCAAAAACAACCGGCGCUCGUGUCAGGCCUGCCGCUUCAGAAAAUGCCAAGCUAUUGGCAUGCGGAAAGACAUGGUCAUGUCAGAGGAAGAGGUCUUGGAGCGACGAAUCAGAAUAAAGAAGAAAAAGAUUGCAAACUCAACCACAGAGCUUUCGUUCCAACAAGAAAAGAUGGUUGAGGAGCUGCUUUGUAGCCUCCGCAACACAUUUGACUCAACAUUCUCACGUUUCACUGGCUUCAGGCCUAGGGAUAGAGACAUUUUGGCAGAGAACCAGGAGACCACCUGUCCUACAAAGACCUGCUCAACAGCUGAUAAACCUGCAGCUCCGCCUACAACAUCCCCCUACCACUGCUCCUUAUCCCCAGUCCCAUCCUCCCCGUCUUCCUCCUCUUCCACCUAUUAUUUCCAGUCCAGUUUCUCUGAGAAAAUUGACGGCCACCUUGGAGACAAAAGCAGCUUUGUUUAUACUAAUCUCCCACAUCUGUCUGACCUCACCACUUACAUGAUUCAGGACAUCAUCCGCUUCUCUAAAAGUCUUCAGGACUUUCGGUCUCUAAGCAUCGAGGACCAAAUAUCUCUACUAAAAGGAGCCACAUUUGAAAUGAUGCAGAUCCGCUUCAACAUGGUUUUCAACACCUCUACAAACAACUGGGAAUGUGGCCAUAUUACAUACUGCAUACACGACGCUGUGAGAGGGGGUUUCCAGCCGCUCCUUCUGGAACCCAUCUUCAAGUUUCACCACAAUCUUCGCAAGCUGGACUUAGGGGAGGAGGAGUACGCCCUCAUCCAGGCCUUGUCUCUGUUUUCUCCAGAUCGUCAAGGAGUGCAGCAACAUGCCACCAUUGACAGAGUUCGUGAAAACUUGGCACUGACGCUGAAAACCUGGAUUGAUUGUAAGAAAACAGGACCAAAAAAGCUCCUGCUGUACCCCAAAUUGAUAGCCUGCCUCACGGAGUUGAGAACGAUGACUGAAGAGUACAGUAAGCAGGUCUUGCAGAUCCAGGAGGUGCAGCCUGACACCAUCUCUCCCCUCAUGAUGGAGGUGGUCAGUAAAAACCCCUGCAAGCACAACUGACACCAAAAAACUGGCCACUUCAAGCUGUUUUGUAGAGGUUGAAAAACUGAAUGUACCCACUGAUUUGCUGCCAAGUGAGAAUCACAGGAGAAGAAUGAAGUCAAAUCCUGAUAAAUUCAUCACCGAUUGCUGCCUUUCAGUGCUUUGUCGUGGCAUUGUGAAAAAAAUUCAAAUUGUUUACCAUGAUGUUCACUACUCUAAGAACCGUUAGACUUUCUUCUAAAGACAUUUGUAUUGUCUCACUUCUUACCUCAGGUUGAGUUUAGUUUUGUGCUUGUUGUGUCGUGCAUAUAAGUAAUGUAAAACUUAUUGUAAAUUGAAUUAAAUUACAAAAGCGUAGGACUCUACAUGACCAGAAAUUAUUGUAGAACUGUAUCUCGAUAUACUAAGAAAAAGAUCUUGUGAUGGAAAAGCAACUUCCUUUUGAAAAUCAGUCUGAAAAUCUGAAAUACAGGGUAUUUUAAGGAACUAUGGAGGACGGUAUAAUCAUUGUAUUUUCUCUUCCGCUCUGGAGCAGCAGGACUCUGCCUGUCCGUCUUUGUGCGAAAUCUCUUUUGAGGCUUGAGCCUCCAUGCAUUGAAGCAACCAAUGAGAAAGUAGGGCCCCGAUUGGAUGACAUGAAAAAAUCUGUUAUUUACAUUGAGACUAAGGUUCUUAUGGGGUGUAUGGAGCAGGGAUGGGUCAGGAGCAGGUGUUGAAGCUGGCUGUCCGAUGCCGAUUUUCAGAACACAUAAAAAGAUUGACUGAGAAUGUCAAGACAGAUGGGACAUUGUCCUCAUGAGACUCAUUUAGUCAGAAUAGUCUCGUGCUAAACUCUUGCUGCGGUUUCUGGAGUUUAUUUCAGAGCAUUUCAUAACAGCUAUUUUCGCCCAUUGUGGUAAUGUGUUUUAUGUGUUGCAACAUUUUAUUAAAGCAGUACAUUAUGUUUGGGUUUAAUUAACACCACUGAGCCUCCCCUGUUUCAGAGACCAGCAGCUGCCUCUGCCUUAAAGACUUGUCCAUGAGUUUAAUUGCAAAGGAGAUCUUGAAGGUUUGGCCAGGAAGGAUUGAGGAGAUCAACAGAAUUAUAGAAGAUUCGGCUGACAUUUUCCUCUGUCCCAAGUGUACGGCCUUCUUUAACCGAGGAGGUUACAAGAAGCUGCAUCUGAAGAGUUAUGGUGGAAGCGCCAAUACUGUCAACCCAGACAGUUGCUGUCAUGUCAAUAUAAACUUUAUGGUCUUUCUUCUUCUCAUUAUAGUAGCUUCAUCCUCUCUGUUCCAGUCUGGUUGUGACACCAUCCUAGAGGGAAAUGUCAUUAAGGCUACUGCCUUCAACACAUUUGGCUAUAGAUAAUAGAGAUGGGCCGUUUUUUUAAGGUUUUGUCCUGUUUCGCAGACAUUAGCUUUCAGCAAAGCUUUUAUUGUGACUAACUGAAUGUGCUCCCUUUUUGCAAAAAGACUGGAUCAGAGCUUAUCUUUAUAAAGGUUUAUCUCCUAUACAGCGCCUCCUAUGGAGCAAGUUUACCGUCACCUUUUCUAACAUAGAAGUAUUUUGGGAUUGGCGCUUCUAUGUUGCUUUUGUGUGUCUGCUUCUGUCUCCUUGAACCCCGUUCGGCCUAUGCAGAUGGCCGCUCAUACUGGGCCUGUUUGUGCUGAAGGUUUCUUCCUGUUUAAAGGCAGUUGUUCCUUUUUACUGUUGCUGCAUGCAUUAUCGGUACGAGGGAUUGCUGAAGAGUCAACACAAUGCAAGCAAAUACCUACAGUCACCACAUGCUCAUCAGGGAGGAGGGAAUCUUGCAAAGUCAAUAAAUCCACUUUACUUAGAUGGCUAACUACCUAAUGCUCUGAUUGAAUUGUCUCUGUAAAUCGCCUUGAGAUGACAUGUUGUGAAUUGGUGCUUUAUAAAUAAACUGAAUUGAACUGAAUAAUUGAACUUCUUUUUA